AUGGAAGGACCUACAGAUGAUGGAAUCCGGGAGCUCAUGUACCAGCUGGAAAAUGCUGCAAUCAAAUGCUCUGAGCGAUGCCUUUAUCAAUCAUCAAAAUGGGCCGCUGAAAUGCUUGAUUCCCUCCGGCCUUUAGAUCACGAAGACACUGAUCUCGAGUCUCCGAUGGAGAUUUCAGAUCCUCCUCCCCCAGCAACAAAUCCUUACCUCAAAGUGCGCGACCCUGUAGAAGCUGCCCUUGAAACGCAAGAGUCCUACAAAUACCUGCUGGCCAAAUCUUACUUCGAUACCCGUGAAUAUGACCGAUGUGCGGCCGUAUUCCUCCCUCCGACAACACCCCCCGUUCCUUUGUCGAUCACCUCGCCCAACUCCAAGCCGAGGCCAUCGCGGACUUCACACAAGGGCAAGGACAAAGCUUCGCCGUUUCAAAGCUCAAAGACCCAGAAAACCCAAAUACAGCAAAAUCCAUAUCCCAAACUCAGUCAGAAAUCACUCUUCCUUGCCCUGUACGCAAAAUAUUUAGCCGGAGAGAAGCGCAAGGAGGAGGAAACAGAGAUGGUGCUAGGUCCAGCAGAUGGUGGGAUGGCGGUCAAUCGGGAGUUGUCGGGUCUUGCUAGAGGUUUGGAUGGAUGGCUAUCUGAACGAACCGCACAGGGGCUGGAUGAUCGUGGUCAGGGGUGGUUGGAGUAUCUCUAUGCUGUGGUCUUGUUAAAAGGACGAAAUGAGGAGCUGGCGAAGAAAUGGCUGAUCCGCUGUGUGCAUCAAAACCCAUACCAUUGGGGUGCUUGGCAGGAACUGAACGAUCUCUUGGGCAGCACAGAAGACUUGAAACAAAUUCUCGAGCUUCUGCCACAAAACGUCAUGAGCUUAAUAUUCUACGUCUACUGCAGCCAGGAGCUGUACCAGGCCACAGAAGACACAUACAGGUCACUCUCCGAGCUACAGUCAAUGUUCCCAGAAAGUGCAUUCCUUAAAACACAACAUGCGUUAUUGUUAUAUCACUCGAAAGACUUCGAAGAAGCAUCUCAUAUUUUCGAAGGCAUUCUCGCCACAUCACCCCACCGCUUAGACAGUCUAGAUCACUAUUCGAACAUUCUUUACGUGAUGGACCAACGACCUCAACUUGCGUUCGUCGCUCAAGUCGCAACCGCCACCGACAAAUUCCGCCCAGAAACCUGCUGUGUCGUGGGUAACUACUACUCAUUGAAAUCAGAGCAUGAGAAGGCAGUAAUGUACUUCCGACGUGCACUCACCCUCGACCGGAACUUCUUAUCUGCAUGGACCCUUAUGGGCCAUGAAUACAUCGAGAUGAAGAAUACUCACACCGCCAUCGAGUCGUACCGUCGAGCUGUUGAUGUCAAUCGCAAAGACUACCGCGCCUGGUACGGUCUCGGACAGGCCUACGAAGUCUUAGAUAUGUCUUUCUACGCCCUGUUUUACUACCAGCGCGCCGCAGCACUACGUCCAUACGAUCCAAAGAUGUGGCAGGCCGUCGGAUCCUGCUACGCAAAGAUGGGCCGAGUGGAACAGAGUAUUCAAGCUCUGAAGCGUGCAUUGGUGGCUGGAUCAUUACAGCCAGAUGAUGGCGGGCAACCGGGCACCGGCGCAAACUCUGGCUCUGGGAGUCGCAAGAUCCUUGACCCAGAAACACUGCACCAAAUCGCGACACUGUACGAACGUCUCGGCGACGAAGAGGAGGCCGCUGCAUAUAUGGAACUCACUCUGCAGCAGGAAUCUGGCGCCCCUGCCAAUGAAAGCCCAGAUGAUGACGACUCCUCUACCUCGGAGAAUGGCGCUCAAAGUGAUCCCGAGAUUGAGCAUUCAGGAGAUGAAGACCCCGAUCUGCUGCAACGACGUCGCCGUCAUCGCAAGCCUCGCGUAAAAGCUGAAUCAUUUGCUAUGCAGAACGAUGACUCCAUUGUCAGUGAGACGUGGAACGGUACCGGUGUUACAGCAACUACAUCUAAGGCACGGUUGUGGUUGGCACAAUAUGCGUCACGGAACGGUGAUCUUGACCGUGCGGACCAGCUAGCAAGCGAGUUGUGCCAGGAUGGAAUUGAAGUGGAGGAGGCCAAGGCGUUGAUGAGGGACGUACGGGCAAGAAGAGAGGAUGCAACCUAA